AUGUGCAAACUCUUCGACGCGACCAGAGACAUGACCGAUGACAAAUCUGAGGCUCAGAGCCCUCCGCGCGGGGAGAAGCCUGCGGACCCAAUAAAGAAAUACACUUUUCCCAAUGAAGCUCAGACGGAAAUUUCGCGAGAAUGGCCGAACAUAUGGACUUUCGCUACCUUUGGAAAUUACACACGAGACGGGAAAGGUUCAACCACUAAUGGUCACGAGGGUGAAUCGUCUCCGAAGUCGUCGGAGCCGCCCCCGCGCUCAAUGUUCAGAGUUCUCUCUAGAGCCUUCAGGACUUUCAUUCUCUACAGUUCCAUCUGGGAGCUUGCAUUCGAUAUAAUUCGUCUUCUACCGGUCUACGUGCUCAGUAAAAUGAUAGCUUUCGUGGAAUCAACAGACCCACAGAUUGUGGGCUAUCAGUAUUGUGGUUUACUCUUCGGGAUCAGCGUGAUCGCAACGUGUUCCUCUAAUUGGAUGAUAUAUAGCAAUGGCUCCGGAAGCAUUCAAAUACGUUCGGCCCUGAUCGGCGCCGUUUACCACAAGAGCCUUCUCGUGUCGAGUGAGGCAAGCCAACGAUAUACAGCUGGUGAUCUUCUGAAUCUGAUGUCGGUCGAUAUAGACACCGUUUUCGAACUCAUUCAAUUCUCAUCUUUGAUAUGGGGGUGCUUCGUCAGAAUCCUUAGCUCCCUAGCCAUUAUUUGGUUCCAAUUGGGACCAUCUUGCCUCGCCGGACUGCUUGUGAUUAUCGCUUGCUUGCCUUUCACUGUGUUCCUGGGAAAAGCCACCGCACAAUAUCAGGACCGCCAGUUGAGUGAAAAGGACAAGAGGCUGGAUGCCUUGAAUGAGAUGUUCUCCGGCAUAAAAAUCAUCAAGUUGUUCGCCUGGGAGAUACCCUUCCUCAAGAGAGUAGAGAAAAUCCGUCAAAGAGAGGCCGGCUGGAUCCGGAAAUAUCUCUUCGGCCAAUCCGCCAUUAUGUUCCUCUGGUACUGCAGCCCUUUCUUGGUAACGGCGGCAGCGUUCGGGACUCACAUAAUGGUCGACAAAAGGAACGUGUUGACCCCUGAGAAAGCAUUCGUUUCCUUGUUCUUGUUCAACAAUAUGAGGUUCGCAUUGACUUUCCUCCCAAUUCUCCUCACAAUGCUCCUGAGAGCCAUCGUGUCCUUGAAGCGCAUCGGAAAGUACCUCCAGAUCGAUGAAAUCUGUCGAAGCGACAUCACCGAUAAUGUCGCGGAAGGCGAAGAUAUACACUUCCGGGGCGCGAGCUUGAGUUGGGGAGGCGAUACGCCUGUUCUAUCGGCUUUGAACCUCGCAGUGAAUUCGGGAGAGUUAGUCGCCAUCAUCGGCCGGGUCGGUUCCGGUAAAUCAUCUCUGUUGAGUGCAAUCCUCGGUGAAAUGAAGAAACUCGAGGGUUCCAUAGAUGUUGGAAAUAAACGCAUUGCGUACGUUCCGCAACAAGCCUGGAUCCAAAACGAGAGCGUGCGGCAGAAUGUCAUUUUCACUGGAACCUACGAGCCCGGUUGGUACGAGGAGGUCCUCAAGAAGUGUUGCAUGAAGCCGGAUCUCGAGAUCUUCGAAGCGGGUGAUCUCACGGAAAUCGGCGAGAAAGGUGUAAAUCUGUCAGGGGGACAAAAGCAGAGAAUCAGCCUCGCACGAGCCGUCUAUCAACGAGCCGGAAUCUAUCUCCUCGACGACCCUCUGAGUGCCGUCGACGCUCACGUUUCGUCGGACCUCUUCGAUGAGAUCAUCGGUCCCCAAGGUCUCCUGAAAGAUGUGACUCGGGUCCUUGUGACGCAUUCUGUCACGGUCCUGCCCUUCGUCGACAAGAUAUUCGUGCUCGACAACGGUAAAAUCACACACUCGGGCUCAUUCCAAGAAAUCAUGAGGACCGACGCGGCUAUAAGGUCUUUCCUCGUCGAGCCGAAGCUCCAAAACCAGGAAUCCUCGAGAGAUUCCAUGAGCCAAAUCGACGGCUCGAGGAGUUUGAGUGAAAGUUCCUUGACUCUGGAGCGAGCCACGUCACAUAUGAGCGCAGAUGCUGGUGGCUGCGGUAGGAAAAUUGGAGCUCUCAUCGAUGAGGAGACCGUGGCGAAAGGAUCUGUCAAGUGGUCGAUAUACAUGAAUCUCUGGAAGCUUUUCGGAGCGAUCAACGGUCUAUGUGUGUUGCUUGGGCUCUGCACCUACCGUUUCUUAGAAGCUUAUUCAUCGAUCUGGCUCGGCUACUGGUCCGACGAUGCCAAAAACAUCAUCGAGAGUCAUAACCUCACUGAAGCAAGCUCGGGGAUUUUGGAUGAAAUUCGCGAUGCCUCCCUGUGGCGCAUAUCUGGCUAUCUCUAUUUCGGGGGAGGACAAGCCGUUGCGAUUGUGGUCGCCUCGAUCUUCCUCGCCGUCGGGUGCCUCGCAGCUUCCUCGAAACUCCACUCUGAAAUGUUGUGGUGCAUCAUGAGAGCUCCGAUGCGAUUCUUCGACUCAACGCCUAUCGGACGAAUGGUGAACAGGUUCGGGAAGGAUGUCAACGUUUUAGAUCUGGAACUUCACCUCCAUCUCGAUGGCUGGUUGGAUUCUGUGACCCAGGUCAUAGCUACGGUGAUCUUGAUCAGCAUCGAGAUCCCCAUGUUUCUCUACGUGGUGAUUCCAAUAGCCUUCGUCUACUUCAUCCUGCAGAGAGUCUAUGUCGCCGCCGCUCGCCAGUUCCGCCGACUCCUGUCGACCACUCGGUCUCCCGUUCUCAAUAACUUCUCCGAAACCAUCAGUGGGGUUUCGACCAUCAGAGCAUACGGUGCCGAAGAUUACUUCAUUGAAAAGUGUCGUAUCCGUUCGGACCUGUGUCAAAACUGCUAUCUACACUCCAUCAUCGUUUCAAGAUGGGCCGCCAUUCGGAUCGACAUGUUGUCUACCAUAAUAACGACCAGCAUAUGCUGUCUGGUCGUUUUCUAUCGGGAAUCAAUCAGCGGUGGAGUUGCUGGAUUGAUCAUCUCGUACUCUCUGCUUUUCUGCGACGCUGUCUCUUGGAUGAUCAGGGUCGCCACUGACGUUGAGAAGGCUGUCGUCGCCGCGGAGAGAAUCAAAGAGUACACUCAGAUCGAAAGCGAAGCCCCCUGGCAGGUCGACAAAGGUCCAGUGCUUGAUGGGAACUGGCCGCACAAUGGGGAAAUCAGACUGAUAGACUUCAGCACAAGAUACAGGGAAGGCAUGGAAGAAGUCCUGAAGAAGAUCAAUCUCGAAAUUCACUGCGGCGAGAAAGUCGGUGUCGUAGGUCGGACCGGAGCAGGAAAAAGCUCCUUGACGCUGGCGCUGUUCAGAAUAAUCGAAGCGAGCCACGGAAGAAUAAUUAUCGAUGACGUGGAUACAUCUCAACUGGGGCUCCAUGAUCUCCGGGGGAGGCUCACCAUGAUUCCGCAAGACCCAGUGCUGUUCAGAGGGAGUAUCCGUUCGAAUUUGGAUCCGCACGACCUCUAUACAGAUGAACAAAUAUGGGCGGCUCUCGAGAGAGCCCAUUUGAAGAAGAACCUGUCGAGGCUCGACUAUGAAGUCGCUGAAGGUGGAGGCAAUUUUUCUCUCGGCGAGAAACAGUUGAUUUGCUUGGCUCGGGCUCUGCUCCGGAAAUCUAAGAUUAUCCUCUUGGACGAAGCCACGGCAGCCGUGGACGUGCAAACCGAUGCGCUGAUCCAGGACACAAUCAGAAGGGAUUUCGCUCACUCUACCAUCAUCACCAUAGCUCACCGGUUGCAUACAGUCAUCGACUAUGACACGAUUGUUGUCUUGAGCCAAGGCCGGAUUGUCGAAGUCGGAAAACCCAAAGAACUGUUGAAGGAUCCGAAAUCUCACUUUCAUACGAUGGCCAAAGAUGCCGGCUUGGUAUGAAGUCAAAAGCGGAAAUCUUCGACCACGAGCCUUCAUCGCCGACUUCUGACGGCAGAAUCCUCGCCCGAAUUCCAAUCUCGCAAGGGAGCUUCCGUUUCUUAUUUCGAUUCCGGAGAUAUCUUGAUCGGAAUGAUGCAUGCAAAUCAUACUCCUUCGUAGAAGGGAGGAAAACGGUCGUGAUGCACACUCUGCGAUUCGCUGGAGUCUAGAGGAGCUUAUGCCCAAA